GAGAGUCGAAAGACGGAAGUGUAUGACUGUGUGCCGAUGUCAAUGGACUUCACACUGCAUACCUUAGUCCUGAGCUCUUGCAGUGUAUACAUGCGUGCAAAAUAUAGUACUUUAUGUAGCACUUUAGCACAGCGGGCUAAUGUUUGACGCCCCGAGCGAACUUUCUUAGACGAGAUGAAGACACUAAUUGUGGGAGUGGGUGGGAUGACCAAUGGAGGAAAAUCCACUCUUUCCAAAAGUCUAAAGGAGAAGAUCCCCAACAGCUGCAUCAUUGCACAGGAUUCAUUCUUUAAGGAUGAUUCGGUGGUACCAGUGGACAGUAACGGCUUCAAGCAGUAUGACACACUUGACGCCCUCCACAUGGACAUCAUGAUGAGCGAGGUUGACGCCUGGCAAAGAGAUCCCGAGACCGUCGUUAAGAAAGUAGAUCCGGCUCCAGAGAAGACGAUACCAUUGUCACAAGACGAUGUGUUUGUGCUGAUAGUGGAAGGCUUCCUCAUAUUCAAUCACAGAGCAUUGAAUGAGCUCAUGGAUAAAAGGUACUUCCUGGAAAUACCUUAUGACACCUGCAAGGAGAGACGAAGUUUGAGGGUGUACAAACCGCCUGAUCCUCCAGGCUACUUUGAUGGACACGUGUGGCCCAUGUACCUGAAGAACCGCCAGGAGAUUGAGGGCACGGCCACGGGAAUUGUGUUUCUGGAUGGACUCAAGUCAAAGGAGGAUCUGCUAGCCACUGUUUAUCAGGAUGUUUGUGUGGAAAUGAAGAGGCUCAAAUAUUCAGACUGUAAACUGUAAACGGUGAAGUGGAAGACCUCCGAUCCCAUGGAGUCAGUUGCUUGGACUUAAUAAUGUGCACCUAAACGGACCAAACUAACUUGCCAUAAUGUGUUUUUAGAUAGCGGUGACUGUGAAGAUUGAAUGUGUGACACUUUGUUUUUAGCUAACCUGAGUUCUCAUUUUGUUGUUUGCCACAUCAUGUCUUUGUUUUAGCCAAUAUGUCUAUUAUAGCCAUAUACAGAAAUUGUCAGAAAAUGAACAGUCAGAAAAUGUAAUUAAACCCAUGAUUAAAUAAUGUUGAAAUAAAGUUGUAUGUUUGUGUGGGAGACAUGUCAUACUAUUAUGAGAAUAAAAAUAAAUUAUAUUAGGAAAAAAGCAGUAAAAUGAUUGUACUAUUGUAAAGUUAUUAACAAAGUCCCAAUAUUACGUUGAAAAAGGUGGUAUCACCGGGCCAUACGGAAAAGAAACAACAACUGAUUGUGAAAAUCAAUCAAAAUGU